CAACUACUGUUUGGUUUAACCAACCCCCUUCACUUAAACAAUACAAAUAUCACCAUCCCUUUCUUCUCCAUUUCUCCAUCUAAAGCCAGCAUGUCUUUAGCCACACCACUCCUCCUCCUCCUCCUCUCUCUACUCCUUCUCACCACCAUCGCCUCCGCCGACGACACAGAAACCCACCUCCACUUCUUCUUCCACGACGUCGUGAGCGGGCUGAGCCCCACCGCCAUCCGUGUGGCGCAGGCCCCCACCACUUCUCUCUCAACGACCGGCUUCGGAGCAGUCGUGAUGAUUGACGACCCCCUCACCGAAGGCCCCGACAGGAACUCCAAGCUCCUCGGCCACGCGCAGGGAAUGUACGCUCUCGCAUCGCAAGAGGAGGCCGGACUCCUGAUGGCCAUGAACCUCGCCUUCGUCUCCGGAGACUUCAACGGCAGCUCGCUCGCCGUGCUUGGCCGGAACACCGUCCUCUCUGAUGUGAGGGAGAUGCCCGUGGUUGGUGGCAGCGGCAAGUUUCGCUUUGCGAGGGGAUACGCGCUCGCUCGCACGCACCAAUUCGACUUAUUCACCGGCGAUGCUGUCGUCGAGUACGAUGUCUAUGUUCGCCAUGAGUGACAAUUACUGAAUAAUUCCUUUCUACAUAUUUAUAAUUAGCCACUGAGAUAUGCUUAGAUUGUAACGUACUGUUGUUCUAUAUAUAUUUUGAUG